CCCCUCCUGCCAGGUGUGUGUGGCGGCCAGGAUGAAGCUGAAGAAGCAGGUGACGGUGUGUGGGGCCGCGGUCUUCUGCGUGGCCGUCUUCUCGCUCUACCUCAUGCUGGACCGAGUGCAGCACGACCCCGCCCGGCACCAGAAUGGCGGGAACUUCCCCCGGAGCCAAAUUUCUGUGCUGCAGAACCGCAUCGAGCAGCUGGAGCAGCUGCUGGAGGAGAACCACGAGAUCAUCAGCCACAUCAAGGAGUCUGUGCUGGAGCUGACCGCCAACGCCGAGGGCGCGCCCGCCCUGCUGCCCUACUACACGGCCAACGGCUCCUGGGUGGUGCCGCCGGAGCCCCGGCCCAGCUUCUUCUCCGUCUCCCCCCAAGACUGCCAGUUUGGCCUUCCUGCUCGGCAGAUGCUGACGGUGUCGGAGGAGCUGCCCUUUGACAACGUGGACGGCGGGGUGUGGAAGCAGGGCUUCGACAUCUCCUACGACCCCCACGACUGGGACGCCGAGGACCUGCAGGUGUUCGUGGUGCCGCACUCGCACAACGACCCAGGCUGGAUCAAGACCUUUGACAAGUACUACGCGGAGCAGACCCAGCACAUCCUCAACAGCAUGGUGACCAAGCUGCAGGAGGACCCCCGGCGCCGCUUCCUCUGGGCCGAAGUCUCCUUCUUCGCCAAGUGGUGGGACAACAUCAGCGCCCAGAAGAGAGCGGCCGUCCGGAGGCUGGUGGGCAGCGGGCAGCUGGAGAUGGCCACCGGCGGCUGGGUGAUGCCCGACGAGGCUAACUCCCAUUACUUUGCACUGAUCGACCAGCUCAUCGAGGGACACCAGUGGCUGGAGAAGAAUCUCGGUGUGACCCCGCGCUCGGGCUGGGCCGUGGACCCCUUCGGACACAGCCCCACCAUGGCUUACCUGCUGCGCCGUGCCAACCUGACCAGCAUGCUCAUUCAGAGGGUGCACUAUGCCAUCAAGAAGCACUUCGCUGCCACCCACAGCCUGGAGUUCAUGUGGAGGCAGAGCUGGGGUAAGGCCAGGAGGCUCACAGGGAAGGAGGACUGGUCUGCUGAGUGGGGGGCCCGGGGAUGGAAGCCAUACCUGCAGCCCAGCAGGGCAGCUCUCCGCCCGCCGUCAGCACUGUGGAGAGCGUGGGCUCCAGGACGGGGUCCCACCCCCGAGGCGGGCACCUGCAGGCCCGGGACUCCCCACCCCCACGGGGGUGCUGCAGAGGGGCCUCGGGGGCUCUGCUCAGCAUCCUGUCACCCCCCCAACCCCCCCAGGGCAGCCCUGCUCCUGGACCAGUACCGCAAGAAGUCCCGGCUCUUCCGGAGCAACGUGCUGCUGGUGCCGCUGGGCGACGACUUCCGCUACGACAAGCCCCAGGAGUGGGACGCCCAGUUCUUCAACUACCAGCGGCUCUUCGACUUCCUCAACAGCAAGCCCGACCUCCACGUGCAGGUGCGGCCGCCGGGCCAGCCCCUGGCCGUGCAGGUCAGCGCGUACUGGAGGUCCGCCACCGACAUGGUCCCCGACGUCUACCAGCCCUACGUCCCCAAGGAGCCCCCCGUGCUGCGCGUCACCGAAGGCCCCUUCUUCUCGGAGGUGGCGGCGUACUACGAGCACGUCCACCAGGUGGUCCGGCUCUACAACCUGCCAGGGGUGGAGGGGCUGUCGCUGGACGUGUCCUCGCUGGUGGACAUCCGGGACUACGUCAACAAGGAGCUGGCCCUGCGUGUCCGCACGGACAUCGACAGCCAGGGCACCUUCUUUACCGACCUCAACGGCUUCCAGGUGACUCGGGGGGCCCAGGGACCCUGCGGAACAGAACUCGGACUGGGUUUUGCUUCCGGAAGUCGGAGGCACUGGGUGAGGUGCAGCCCCGGCGGUACCUGA